AUGAUUAGGGUUUCGUCUUAAUUGAGUAAUAGGAUUUACUUGUUUCUAGUCUCGAAACUGUACGUACGUUGCUGGAGUUAGUUGCUUUUUCAUAGUUUCUGAGUAAUUUUUCAAAUUAUAAGCGUUCCUGGAAAAUGGGUGGAGUACUCGCUGCUUUAACUGCUGGACAGUUGGCCUGCUGCUGUGGAAGUGCUGCUUGUAGCUUAUGUUGUUCUGCUUGUCCUUCAUGCAAAAAUUCAACAUCAACUCGCAUAAUGUAUGCUUUAAUGCUGUUACUAACUACUGUAGUUUCCUGUAUUAUGCUCUCACCACAACUGAAAGAUAAACUGGAUAAUCUACCUUUUUGCACUGAUAAAUGUCAAGAAGCUGUUGGGUACCUAGCAGUGUACAGGCUUAUAUUUGCUUUGACUUUAUUUUUCUUGAUGUUCUCUGUGCUGAUGAUUGGAGUUAAAUCAUCAAGGGAUCCUCGUGCUGGUAUACAGAAUGGAUUUUGGGGAAUAAAAUAUCUUAUAUUGAUAGGCGGUAUGAUUGGUGCAUUUUUCAUUCCAGACAAAGCUGUGUUUGGUGAAGUUUGGAUGUAUUUUGGAAUGAUUGGUGGAUUCCUCUUCAUUCUUAUUCAGCUCGUUUUAAUUAUUGAUUUUGCACAUGGCUGGACUGAACGAUGGCUUGAGAAUUAUGAAGAAACUCAAUCAAAGGGAUGGUACUGUGCUUUAGUGUUCUUUACACUGUUGCAUUAUGCACUAUCCAUCACUGCGACUGUCUUGCUUUUUGUGUAUUAUACUCAGGGUAACUCUUGUGGUGUGCAGAAAUUUUUCAUCAGCUUCAAUUUGAUAAGUUGUAUCAUUUUAUCCAUCGUAUCAAUUUUGCCUAAAGUUCAAGAUGCACUUCCUAAAUCUGGAUUAUUGCAGUCGUCAAUUGUGAUGCUGUAUGUUCUCUAUCUAACAUGGUCAGCCUUGAAUAAUUCAGAAAAAUGUAAACCUGACUUUCUUGGGAAGUCCCAAUCCAUAGAUGCUCAAAGUAUUGUAACUUUGGUCAUCUGGUUUGCUUGUGUUUUAUACUCCAGCAUACGGACUGCAAGCAAUACUCAAGUGAGUAAGUUAACCAUGUCUGAAAAAAUUCUGGUACAAGAUAGUGACUCAGAAUUUGGAAAAGGUGAUGCAGAGAAAGGAAACACAUGGGAUAAUGAAGAUUCUGAAGUGGUAUAUAGUUGGUCAUUUUUCCAUUUCAUGUUUGCUCUAGCAUCACUUUAUGUAAUGAUGACACUUACAAACUGGUACAACCCAAGCACGGAACGUGACCAUUUGUCGAAUACAAACCAAGCUUCAAUGUGGGUGAAAAUAAUAUCCAGCUGGCUUUGCAUUUUGCUCUACCUUUGGUCUAUGGUUGCACCGAUUAUUUUAAAAGACAGAGAUUUUAAUUAAAAACUUUUAGUGUAAGAUUCUGCAGAUCAGUAUCUUAGAAUGUUUUGUGAUCUUUAACCAUCAUACAUGUAUUGAUGUACAGUUUAUUCUCCUGUUAAAGAUUCUUUGAAUGUAGUAUAGAUUCUGAAAUUACAUACUUAACUGAUUUCUAAGUUUGUCCAUAUAUGUAGCUGUUGUCAUUCUGUGUAUCUGCUGAAAGAUAUUUACUAUUGUAGUAAUUUUGUGCAUACUUCAAACCUAUUAUACUUUUGUAAUUUACUAUAUAUUCAUAUUAUUAAGCCAUUCAGGAAAGAAAAAUAAUUCUUUAUAAUGCAGUUUAUAAUUUUUAUUUCAUAAUUUUAAGUAUAUACUCUUUUUUUUUUUUUAAGCAUUUCUCUUAAAUUUUUAUUUUAAAGAAAAGCAAGCAUUAAACUAGCCUUGAACAAUUUAACCAUUUUAUCAUAAUUAAAAUAAUAGUAGAAGAUAAGAGUAAUUAAAAGUAAGUAGCUUAUGCAUUUUAUUUCUGAUACUAUAUCUCUUAACUUUGAAACUCAUGUUAAAAGUCUUAAAAUAUAAGUAAGAAUUAAUUGACAAAAUUUUAUUUUUCAUAUAAAUUGCUUUACCAGUUUAGAUUUUUGAAUACAUAUGAAUGCAAAUUCAGUGUUUCCUCAUAGCCUUUCUUUUGUAACAUUUUAAAAUGUACUGUGAUAAUUUAGAGAAUUUUUGUAAAAUGAUCAAUUGAUGUAAUAAAAUUGUUGCAAACAUAA